CGCCCCGUGAAGAGGAGGGCGAAGACUCCAUCCGCCAUGUUGGAUGCCGCAGAUUCGCCAUAACCUCGCCGGCUCUUUUCUUAAAAAAAUAAAAAAAGCAAAGCAUCAGCGGGGCGCCUCGCCUUCGCGGUCGGCGCGGGAGGGGGCCCGGAAGGGCCCGAGGCUUUUUUUUCCUCCGCGGUGGGGGCGUUGCCAUGGAGACGCGGGCGGCAGAAAACACAGCCAUCUUCAUGUGCAAAUGUUGUAACCUUUUCUCACCCAACCAGUCAGAGCUGCUGUCCCACGUUUCUGAGAAGCACACGGAAGAAGGGGUUAAUGUCGAUGAAAUCAUCAUUCCCCUCAGACCUCUGAGUACCCCUGAGCCCACCAACCCGAGCAGAAGCGGAGAUGAGUUUUCGGUCAUGAAGAGGAAGAGAGGCAGGCCCAAGGGCUCCACGAAGAAGCCCAGCGCGGAGGAGGAGCUGGCCGAGAGCACCGUGGGCCCGAGAGGGGACAGCCCGCCGGCCCCCGAGGAGGGCAGCGGCCCGGCCCCCGGCAGCCUGGAGUGCAGCAAGUGCUGUCGAAAGUUCUCCAACCCGCGCCAGCUGAGGAAGCACAUCUGCAUCAUUGUGCUGAAUUUGGACGAGGAGGAUGGAGAAGCAGGUGAUGAAUCUGAUCUCGAACUGGAAAGGAAGUAUAAGGAAGAUGAUCGAGAAAAGACCCCCAGGAGGCCGCGGACACAGAGGACAGAGAAAGUCCAGAAGAUCCCCUCAGGAAAGGAGGCCGGGCAGGUUUCCGGAGUGAAGAAACCCAUCAUAAGUGUGGUUUUAACGGCCCACGAAGCCAUUCCAGGUGCUACCAAGAUUGUUCCAGUGGAGGCCGGGCCCCCGGAGACAGGUGCUGCCAACCCCGAGGCUACCACGGCUGACCUGGUGCCUCGGAGAGGGUACCAGGAGUAUGCCAUUCAGCAGACACCGUACGAACAGCCCAUGAAGUCCAGCAGGCUCGGGCCCACCCAGCUCAAGAUCUUCACGUGUGAGUACUGCAACAAGGUCUUCAAGUUCAAGCACUCACUGCAGGCCCACCUGAGGAUCCACACCAACGAGAAGCCCUACAAGUGCCCGCAGUGCAGCUACGCCAGCGCCAUCAAGGCCAACCUCAACGUGCACCUGCGCAAGCACACCGGCGAGAAGUUCGCCUGCGACUACUGCUCCUUCACCUGCCUGAGCAAGGGGCACCUCAAGGUGCACAUCGAGCGCGUGCACAAGAAGAUCAAGCAGCACUGCCGCUUCUGCAAGAAGAAGUACUCGGACGUCAAGAACCUCAUCAAGCACAUCCGAGACGCACACGACCCGCAGGACAAGAAGGUCAAGGAGGCCCUGGACGAGCUCUGCCUCAUGACCAGGGAGGGCAAGCGGCAGCUGCUUUAUGACUGCCACAUCUGCGAGCGCAAGUUCAAGAACGAGCUGGACCGUGACCGCCACAUGCUGGUGCACGGGGACAAGUGGCCCUUUGCCUGCGAGCUCUGUGGCCACGGGGCCACCAAGUACCAGGCGCUGGAGCUGCACGUCAGGAAGCACCCCUUCGUGUACGUCUGUGCCAUAUGCCUCAAGAAGUUCGUCAGCUCCAUCCGGCUGCGUGCCCACAUCCGCGAGGCGCACGGGGCCGUGCAGGAGACCGGGGUCUUCACCAGCUCCAUCAACCAGAGCUUCUGCCUCCUGGAGCCUGGCGGGGACAUCCAGCCCGAAGCCCUGGGGGGCCAGCCGCUGGCAGAGGAGGAGUUGGUGUUCCAGGGGGUGACUGAGCCCAAGGGGGCGGCUGGCCCGGGAGACGCACAGCCUGGGGAGGGACGGAAGGAGCCGGAAGCCCCCAUGGAGGAGCCUGUCCCGCCUGUGCCCUUAGCCGCCCCCCAGGCCGAGAGCGCUGUCCUGCCGUCCUGCGAGCUGGAAGCCGCUGUGGACACUGCGGACCUUCAUUCCCACUCGGUGGCUUCCGAUGGGUUUUUGCUGAAGAACGAUCCCUCCUCUGCCGAGGCUUGUGCUGCUCCGGAGGAGACCGUGGGUGCCCCGUGCGGAGCCUCGUCCCAGACUCGGGGCCCAGAAGUCCCUAUGCUGCUGUCGGAGGCCAGAAGUGCAGAAGCAAACCAGGACACGCAGGGUGCCGAGAGCCCCCUGAGGGUGGGGCAGGAAGCAGCUGCACCCGCCCCCGAGGGACCAGACCCUGAUAGGUGCCUCAGGUCAAACCCAGAUGAGGCCUCGGACCCUGCUCUGGGAGCAGGUGGAGGGGACCUGGCCCUGCCCCCGUCUGACUCUUGCACACCUGCCUCUGAGCACCGGGCUGGCAUCAGCGCGUUCAUGAAGAUCCUGGACGGUUUGCAGAAGAGACGGAUGAACACCGGCUUGUGUGAGAGGAUCCGGAAGGUGUACGGGGACCUGGAGUGUGAAUACUGUGGCAAACUUUUUUGGUACCAGGUGCACUUUGACAUGCACGUGCGCACCCACACGCGGGAACACCUGUACCAUUGCUCCCAGUGCCAUUAUUCCUCCAUCACCAAAAACUGCCUUAAGCGCCAUGUCAUUCAGAAACACAGUAACAUCUUGCUGAAGUGUCCCACCGACGGCUGCGACUACAACACUCCCGACAAAUACAAGCUGCAGGCCCACCUGAAGGUCCACACGGAGCUGAGAGCACUGGAGGACAUAAUACGCUUUGGGUCGUGGAGCAGCGCUGGUCUGCACGGUGGACCUCGAGGCCGAGCCCUGCGCUCUGCCGGCCUGGCCACCUCCAGCGGACCGUCACCUGACAAAAGGAGUUACUCUUGUCCAGUGUGUGAAAAGUCUUUUUCAGAGGACCGAUUGAUAAAGUCGCAUAUCAAGACCAACCAUCCCGAGGUGUCCAUGAGCACUAUUUCUGAGGUGCUCGGGCGGAGGGUUCAGCUGAAAGGUCUGAUCGGGAAGCGAGCCAUGAAGUGCCCGUACUGCGAUUUCUAUUUCAUGAAGAAUGGCUCCGACCUUCAGCGUCAUAUCUGGGCUCAUGAAGGUGUGAAACCCUUCAAAUGUUCUUUGUGUGAGUACGCCACUCGCAGCAAGAGUAACCUCAAGGCUCAUAUGAAUCGUCACAGCACUGAGAAGACCCACCUGUGUGACAUGUGUGGCAAGAAAUUCAAAUCGAAAGGAACAUUGAAAAGUCACAAGCUCCUUCACACAGCUGACGGGAAGCAGUUCAAGUGCACGGUGUGUGACUACACGGCGGCCCAGAAGCCCCAGCUGCUGCGGCACAUGGAGCAGCACGCCUCCUUCAAGCCUUUCCGUUGUGCCCACUGCCACUACUCCUGUAACAUAUCCGGCUCUCUGAAGCGACACUACAACAGGAAGCACCCCAACGAGGAGUACGCCAACGUGGGCACCGGGGAGUUGGCGGCCGACGCGCUCAUCCAGCAAGGUGGUUUGAAGUGCCCUGUGUGCAGCUUCGUCUACGGUACCAAAUGGGAGUUCAACAGACACCUGAAGAACAAGCAUGGCCUGAAGUUGGUGGAAAAUGAAGGAGACCCCAAGUGGGAGCCAGCCACAGAAACCCCCGAGGAGCCCUCCACCCAGUACGUGCACAUCACGGAAGCCGAAGAGGACGUUCAGGGCACGCAGGCAGCCGUGGCCGCGCUCCAGGACCUGAGAUACACUUCGGAGAGCGGUGACCGCCUUGACCCCACGGCCAUGAACAUCCUCCAGCAAAUCAUAGAGCUGGGCACCGAGGCCCAUGAUGCCACUGCUGUGGCCUCUGUGGUCGCCAUGGCUCCAGGGACGGUGACAGUCGUGAAACAGGUGACAGAUGAGGAGCCCAGCUCCAACCACACGGUCAUGAUCCAGGAGACCCUCCAGCAGGCCUCUGUGGAGCUGGCCGAGCAGCACCACCUGGUGGUGUCCUCUGACGACGUGGAGGGCAUCGAGACGGUGACUGUCUACACUCAGGGCGGGGAGGCCUCGGAGUUCAUCGUCUACGUGCAGGAAGCCAUGCAGCCCAUGGAGGAGCAGGCCUUGGGGCCGCAGGCCCAGGAGCUCUAGAGGACAUGCAGCGUCAGAUGGGCACCAUGGAUGAGCGCUCUCCGUGGCUCCUCUGCCAUACCUGCCAGGCGGCCACAUGGGUGUCUUGUCCUACCUUGGGUGGGCAAGGCGAUUGGCAUCACCAGCAACACAGGGCCCCCACGUCCAGCACAAAUGCAUACCCCCCUCAUUCUGUAUCUUCUGCUUCUGGAAAGACUCUUGCAACCACCUUCCACAUGGCCCACAUUGCAUUGCCCCUUUGCUCGGAGAUUCGUGCAGGGACCCAGUCCCCAUCAGCAUCUGUCCCAAUUCAUACCCAACUCCUUGACCCUGUCCAGGUGCCGAACCUUCCUCUGGGACUGCUCUGCAGCCUGAUGAAAGGGAGCCAGCCAGCACAGAGAAAGUGACCUUACGGUUUUGAAUCACCUCCUGGGGGAAGAAGGGGAGGGGGUCCUGGCUUUAUCUACAAGAUUCUCCCCUCCCCACCCCCGAAUCAAGGGCACUUGUUACCGGGUACGGUAACCGCAAUUGAUGACCCUCCCACUCCCGUGACAGGUGGGGGCUUAGCUUAUGUCUUAGAAUUCUUUUGCUUAAAAAAAAAAAUGCACUUUGUACUAUUCCCCUCCCAUUCUAUGAGAUGUGGUGGGUAGAAUAAAACCGUUCUCUGCCUGA